AUGGCUGAUAAAGCACAGCAGGCCACCCAGUAUGGAUAUACUGCCAAUUCCAAUUUGGUUCUGCAGGCUGACCGCUCAGCUUUGCCUCGUCGAGAUCAAGAACCAUCUGGAGAAUCAGAGACAUUGUAUGGUAAAAUCGACCCCAAGAAGAUGGGCGAUCGAGCCCAGAGAACGUAUGGCGAUGAGAAGGCUCGUAUCGACAAGAAACGCAAAGAUCGAGAAGAUAAAUUACAUCGACAAGGCCAUGAACGUGAAUUGAAGAAGGGGAAGAGUAAAGCUGACAAGGAAAAAUUCAUGAAGGGUCAUGGAUUGGAUGUCUUGGCUGCUACAGAAGAUUUGGAAGGUGUCACCUACCGUCCACGAACCAAAGAUACCGCUCAAACCCAUCAGCUCAUGCUUUAUUUUAUGGCUGAACAGCUGGGCGAUGUACCACAGGAUGUAAUAAAAGGAGCUACAGACGAAGUCAUCCAAAUCCUAAAAGAAGAAACCGCAAAGGACUUUGACAAGAAACGUGAUAUUGAAAGGCUCUUGCAAGAUAUCAGAGGAUCUGCAACUGUCUUGUCAUCAGAAAAGUUUGCGCAUCUAGUAGGUCUUGGUAAAAAAAUCACAGAUUACCGAGCAGACGAAGCAGCUGAGGCUGCCGCUGCCGUAUCUGCCGAUACAGGUGCUAGGAAACUAGAUACCAUGGAUGAUGAAUAUGGUGUUGCUGUCGUCUUUGACGAGGAAGAAGAAGACGAAGACUCGGACGAUGAAAUGGAAAUCAAGGAUGAUGACGAUGAUGAGGAGGAGGAUGAAGGACAGGAUGCUGAAGCUACUGCCACGUUACGAACUGGUAAUCGUGACGACGAAGACGAGGAAGGUGAUGAGAAUGCGGAUGACUCGACUAUAAUUAUACGAUCUCAGAAGAUCUCGACUCGUGCUUCCGGUAAAUCCGCAGCUUCUAGUAGUACUGAAUCUACCGUCCUCAAAGUCCACGAUGUUGAUGCCUUCUGGCUCCAACGUAUGGUCGUAGCACGAGUCUCCAAUGUCAAUGAAGCUCAAGAUAUGACUGAUCGAGCUCUCCGAAUCCUCGAAACUACACCGCCAUCUCGUCUCGAGACCCAACUAUUAGAUAUCUUUGGUCUUGGAAAUUUCGAGCUUGUAAAGCUCUUGAUCUCAAACCGUCAUAUUGUAUUAUGGUGUACUCGUCUUGCCCAAGCCCAAACACCUGAAGCUAAAGCCACCAUUGAAGCUCGCAUGCGUGAAUUGGGUUUGGAUGAUAUAUUAGGCAAACUAGCUUCUGCACCUCAAGAACGGACAGACGAUGGGUCGCGCAAAAUUGGUGGUUUUAUGGAUGUAGAUAUGGAAGAUGCUGGACCUGGUGUGGCUCCUGCUCAUCAACGUGUGUCUGGAGGUCUAGCCCCACGUCAAAUACUAGAUUUGGAGUCGUUGGUCUUCUCAUCUGGUGGACACUUGAUGUCGAAUAAGAAAGUCAAGUUGCCUGAAGGAUCAUUCAAACGUAGCAAGAAGGGAUAUGAAGAGGUUCAUGUGCCAGCACCCAAGAAGACCCAGGCAAAUAACAUUCCUUUGGUACCUAUAACUGAUCUACCAGAAUGGGCUAGACCAGCUUUCACAGGAACCAAGGAUCUCAAUCCAGUCCAAAGUAAAGUCUUCCCUACGGCCUUCUAUAGCGAUGAAAAUCUCUUACUUUGUGCACCUACUGGUGCUGGUAAGACCAACGUCGCCAUGUUGACAAUGCUGCACGAAAUUGGCAAGCAUAUCAAUCCAUCUACUGGUAAAGUCGACUUGGACAACUUCAAGAUUGUAUAUGUAGCUCCCAUGAAGGCUCUAGUCCAAGAAAUGGUCGGAAACUUUGGCCUGAGACUCUCACCAUACGGAAUAAACGUAGCUGAAUUAUCUGGUGAUCGUCAGUUGACUAAGCAGCAAAUUGCUGAAACUCAAAUCAUCAUCACCACGCCAGAAAAAUGGGAUAUCAUUACUCGUAAAGCUACGGAUAGAUCGUAUACCAAUCUAGUAAGGCUUGUCAUUGUUGAUGAAAUCCAUUUACUACACGAUGAACGAGGGCCGGUAUUGGAGGCUAUUGUAGCACGUACUCUUCGAACCGUAGAACAAACUCAACAGCCAUGUCGUUUGGUCGGUUUGUCUGCUACUCUACCCAACUAUGUAGAUGUCGCUGCCUUCCUCAGAGUCGAUAUGAAGACUGGUCUCUUCUUCUUUGACGGUAGCUUCCGUCCAUGUCCUCUCAAACAGCAAUAUAUAGGUAUUACGGAAAAGAAGGCUACGAAACGUUUCCAAACCAUGAACGAAAUCGCUUAUGAAAAAGUCAUGGAAGAAGCUGGCAAAAAUCAAGUCUUGAUCUUUUGUCACUCUCGUAAAGAAACAGCUAAAACAGCCAAGGCUCUCCGAGAUAUGGCUUUGGAAAAGGAUACACUGAUGCAGAUCUUGCCUGCUGAUGAAGCAUCCCGUCGUAUCUUGCAGGAAGAAGCCCCAACAGUGAAGAAUGCCGAUUUAGCUGAUAUUCUUCCAUAUGGAUUUGCCAUUCAUCACGCUGGUAUGACGAGAGCAGAUCGAACACUUGUAGAGGACUUGUUUGCAGGUACUCACGUCAAAGUAUUGGUAUCAACUGCAACCUUGGCUUGGGGUGUCAACCUGCCAGCCCAUACUGUCAUCAUCAAAGGAACCCAAAUAUAUUCUCCAGAGAAGGGACGUUGGGUUGAAUUGUCGCCUCAGGACAUAUUACAGAUGCUUGGUCGAGCUGGCCGACCUCAGUUCGACACCUUUGGUGAAGGUAUAAUCAUAACAACAAACCAGGAAUUGCAAUAUUACUUGUCUCUCUUGAACGAACAGCUUCCCAUCGAAUCACAGCUAGUCUCAAAACUGGCCGAUACUCUGAAUGCUGAGAUCGUACUUGGAUCCAUACGUAAUCGUGAUGAAGCUGUCCAAUGGCUUGGAUAUACAUAUUUAUACGUCCGUAUGCUUCGUAAUUGCACCUUGUAUGGUAUAUCUCCCGACGAGCUAAAGGAAGAUCCGGUCUUGCUGCAGCAUCGUGUGGACUUGAUCCAUUCAGCUGCUACCGUCCUCGACAAGCACAAUUUGCUUAAAUAUGAUCGUAAGACAGGCAAAUUCCAAGUAACCGAGCUCGGUCGUAUUGCUGCUCACUUUUAUAUCUCGCAUUCUUCCAUGGCCACCUAUAAUCAACAUUUAAAACCUACCAUGUCGUUGAUUGACUUGUUCCGAGUCUUUGCCUUGUCGGAUGAAUUCAAGUAUAUACCUGUACGAGAAGAAGAGAAGUUGGAAUUAUCCAAGCUUUUGGAACGAGUGCCUAUUCCAGUUAAGGAGGGCAUUGAGGAGCCUACUGCCAAGAUUAAUGUGCUGCUUCAGGCAUACAUCUCGCAGCUCAAACUUGAAGGGUUUGCUCUCAUGUCUGACAUGGUAUACGUAACUCAGAGUGCUGGUCGUAUUCUUCGAGCCAUCUUCGAAAUAUGUCUUAAACGAGGAUGGGCACAGUUGAGUCGUAAAGCCUUGGACAUGUGCAAGAUGGUUGAAAAGCACAUGUGGUUGUCCAUGUCUCCGCUACGUCAAUUCUUGGGCAUCCCAUCGCUACAAAAGAAUGUACCUCAGCUGCUAGAAAUCAUUAAAAGAUUCGAACGUAAAGAGUUUCCAUGGGAACGCUAUUACGACUUGAAUCCUCAAGAGUUGGGAGAAUUUGCUGGUAUGCCCAAAGCCGGUAAUGAUAUACAUCGUCUCGUGCAUCAAUUCCCUAAACUGGAAAUCGAUGCCAAAGUAUCGCCCAUAUCUCGAUCCAUGCUUAAAGUAGAAUUGACCAUCACUCCCGACUUCCAAUUUGACGAUGCUGUACAUAGCAAUGGAUUGGCUGAGUCAUUCUGGAUAUUUGUAGAGGAUGCUGAUAGUGAGAAUAUUCUCUUCCAUGAUACAUUCUUAUUGAAGAAACGAUAUGCAGGUGAUGCUCAUCAAGUGGACUUUUAUGUACCAUUGUAUGAGCCACUUCCUCCCAACUACUUUAUAUCUGUAAUAUCGGACAGAUGGCUUCACUCGGAAGUCCGUCUGCCUGUAUCCUUUAAACAUCUCAUCCUUCCCGACAAGUAUCCACCACACACAGAACUCUUAGAUUUGCAACCACUCGCCGUAUCCGCAUUAAAGAAUCCACUAUUCGAACGACUGUAUAAGGAUGAUGUUGAUCGUUUCAACCCCAUCCAGACUCAGGUCUUUAACUCUUUAUAUAAUUCAGAUGAUAACGUACUAGUAGGAGCUCCGGCUGGAUCAGGCAAGACGAUAUGUGCCGAGUUUGCUCUGCUUCGACUAUGGGCCUUCUCACCACGAGCACAUGCUGUAUACAUGGCUCCGUAUGAAUCCGUAGUAGAAACUUUGGCCUCUGAAUGGAAGGUCAAGUUUGGUAGUCUCAUGGGUGGUAAAAAUAUCGUAACAUUGACUGGAGAUGUGACUGUAGAUCUCAAACUAUUGGAGAAGGGAGAUGUCAUUUUCACUACUCCUGAAUGUUGGGAUAAUGUAUCUAGACGAUGGAAGAAGCGUCAACGAGUACAAAAAGUCGGAUUAUUUAUAAUCGAUGAAAUCCAUCUUAUUGGAGGUUCUGUGGGUCCAGUCAUGGAACAAGUCGUAUCACGUAUGAGAUAUGUAGCUGCUCAAUUAGGUGAAGACAAGUCAAUCCCACCAGAAAAACGACACAAGAUGCGAUUCGUCGCGUUGAGUGCUUCGUUGGCUAAUGCUAGAGAUGUCGGUGAAUGGAUUGGAGCUCCUCCAGCCUCUGUCUUUAACUUUCAUCCCAAUGUACGACCAGUGCCUCUCGAAAUCCACAUCCAAGGAUAUAAUGUACCGCACUUCCCAUCUCUCAUGAUAACCAUGGCCAAACCAACGUAUCUUGCUAUAACGCAACUACCUCGACCCUCUCCCACCAUAAUAUUCGUCCCAUCUCGUAAACAGUGUAGUCUAACAGCCAACGAAUUACUCAUAUUCUGUGCUGCAGAUGACCAACCACGUCGAUUCUUGCACGUUGAUGAAGCCAGUCUCCAACCAUAUGUAGAGAAAAUAGAUGACAAGGCACUGGCUGAAGUCUUGCCUUAUGGUAUUGGCAUCUAUCACGAAGGUUUGUCCAAAAAGGAUAAGAAAACUGUAGAGUCGCUUUAUGAGACUGGUGCUUUGCAGCUUGUUAUUGCAUCUCGAGAAAUGAGCUGGGGCAUGUCGCUUGACGCUCAUUUGGUGGUGGUUAUGGGUACGCAGUAUUAUGAAGGUCGUGAGCACCGAUACUCUGAUUAUCCAAUUGCUGAUGUAUUGCAAAUGAUGGGUCGGGCUUCUAAAACUGAAGGACAGGAUGGUGGUUUGUGUGUACUAAUGUGCCAGGCCGUAAAGAAGGACUUUUACAAGAAAUUCUUGUUUGAAGCCUUGCCCGUAGAAUCUCAUCUCGACCGGUUCUUGCACGAUUUCUUCAAUGCUGAAGUCGAUGCUCGAACAAUCGAAAAUAAACAGGAUGCAGUAGAUUAUAUGACGUGGACAUUCUUGUACCGUCGUAUGGCUCUCAAUCCCAACUACUAUGGCAUGCAGGGUGCAAGUCAUCGACACUUGUCUGAAAAGCUGUCUGACUUGGUAGAAUCGACAUUGGAGGAACUAGCCACAUCAAAAUGUAUAUCAGUUGAAGGAGACGAUGUAUCGCCAGUCAAUCUAGGUAUGGUAGCAGCAUACUAUUAUGUCCAUUACGCCACCAUCGAGACCUUUGCUCUAUCCCUAAAAGCAACCACGAAAUUACGAGGUCUGCUUGAAAUAGUAUCCCAUGCCGCCGAAUAUGAAACCAUACCGAUAAGACAUCACGAGGAAACCGUCCUCAAUAAAAUCCAUGACCGACUACCCGUAAAACUCGAUAAGGAUUUCACGUCUCCACAUACCAAAACCAAUCUAUUACUCCAAGCCCACUUUUCCCGUAUCCAGCUACCAGCAGAUCUAGAAUCCGAUCAAAAACUAGUAUUAAAGAAAAUCUUGUCUCUCAUCCAAGCCUGCGUAGAUGUCAUAUCCUCUGCCGGAUGGCUGCCCACAGCACUAGCAGCCAUGGAAUUAUCUCAAAUGUGUGUACAAGCCAUGUGGGAUCGCGAUUCUGCAUUACGCCAAGUACCACAUUUAACCUCCGACGCUAUCGAACGUCUCAAAGCCCUCAAAGUAGAAACCGUCUAUGAUUUAAUCGAAAUGGACGACGACGAUCGCGUAAACGCACUUCAAAUAGACGAUCGACGACUUAUGGAAGUAGCUAGGUUUACCAACAGAUACCCAAACAUUGACGUCAGCUUUGAAGUCGAUGAGGAAACAGUCGCUCAGGGUGGUGUUGUCACUGGACGUGUUAAACUCGUCCGGGAAGGUGACGAUAACGAAGAGGAGGCGACAAAGAAGAAUGAGGUUGGACCAGUUAUCGCGCCAUUCUAUCCAUCACGUAAAGAUGAGAGUUGGUGGCUUGUUGUAGGUGAUCCAAGGGAUAAGACCUUGCUGUGGAUUAAACGUACCACGCUGCAAUGGAAGGCGGAUGUCAAGAUGGAGUUUGUGGUGCCUGAUGGUAUGCCUGUGGGUAAAGCGGGACUGCAAUUGUUUUUGAUGUGUGACUCGUACUCUGGUUGUGAUCAGGAGUUUGAGUUGAAGAUAAAUGUCACGGAGGGUGAAGGUAGUGAGGAUGAGGAUGGGAUGGAGGUUGAUGGUUGA